AUGAGACCACCUGAAGAUGACGAGCCACAAUCAUGGUGGAUUGCAUCAACGGCCAUCCCUCUGAUUGCUGCUACAACGGGACCACUCGCCAAUGUCAUGUCAAUCAUUGCGCUAGUUAUGCCAUGGCGAAGCCAAAUUCACCCACAUCAAUAUGGCCGUGAUGGUACCCCCAUUCAAGUGGGAUACCCAGACCCUCGUUGGAUCACUGCCCUAAAUUCCGUUUCACUUGUCUGCGGGAUCGUGGGCAAUGCAUUUCUACUGUGCAAUUUUACCCAGGUGCUUGGUGGAAUUACUUCAGCAACAGCUGUCUAUGCUCCUCCGGUAGGCAUUGAUAGGGUCUACUCGCAGGCUUAUUGGAGUGCCGUCAUUGCGGCAAUCCUCUACUUCAUCUUGAGCGUCAUUUUGAUGAUCAACAUGCUAGGCUAUGUCCUAGGUAAAUAUCCGCAACAUUUCUCUCUGACCGACGAGCAACGAACCUUGAUUCUGCAAAUGACGGCAUUGGUAGUUUGGCUAUUGAUUGGUGCAGCUAUUUUUCAGCGAGUGAUCGGGCUCAAUUUCGCCGAUGCAUUGUACUUCUCCGAUGUCACUGUUCUCACAUUAGGGUAUGGCAACAUAGUUCCGACUAAUUCCGUCGGCCGGGGUCUUAUUUGGCCAUAUUCAGUCAUUGGAAUUAUCAUUCUCGGAUUGGUUGUGGAAAGCAUCUUUAGAUUUGCUCGCGAGGUUCACUACGACAAUGUCAUUCGCAAACACAUUGAACAGAAACGGCAAUCUACUUUCGAGCGAUCAGUCGGUUUUCACAAGUUCAAACUUCCACAAGAGACACGCCCGAGUGGUGAAGAAGCUAUCACCCCUCCGGCUCUCACUCGCCAAGAAUCUGGGUCUCAUUACCGCCAUCGACAUCACCGGCCCAUUCGCAACACCAUCAAUGCCAUUACCACGGCGCGCCGACCCAGGAUCAUUGUCAUGCGCGAGGAAAAAGAUCGAUUUGACGCUAUGCGCAAGAUCCAGUCCGAUACGCUGCGCUUCCGUCGCUGGAACAAUUUGAUCAUCAGCAUCGUUGCCUUUGGAAUCGUGUGGUCCUGCGGAGCAGUAGUUUUCUGGAAAUUAGAACCCAUGACCUACUUCGAAUCACUCUACUUCUGCUUCACUUCCCUACUUACCAUCGGCUACGGUGAUUUCACACCGCAGUCGAAUGCAGGAAAACCAUUCUUUGUCGUAUGGUCUCUACUCGCCAUUCCAACCAUGACCAUGCUCAUUUCCGAGAUGAGCGACACAGUCGUUGCUAGCUUCAAGCGCGCCACAAAUGUAGUCGCUGACUACCUGGUGUUCCCUCAAUCUAGUGUCUACGAGACAUCCUUAGGUCGGAUUCCCGGCAUUGCUUCAUUCAUACAGUCUCGCCAAGAGAAAAGGCGCCGACAGCGCGGUUUCCCACUUGAGGGGGCUGAGGAAUCCGGAAACGGGAAAAGAGCAGAUCCCGGGAACACUGAUGAACCUGAUAUUCAAGGCGAUGACUUAGCUGAUUCUCAUCCCCACCGAGGCCUCGAGGAACUUGCUCGCGAUCCGACCCCACUCGAGCUUGCUAAGCAACUUGCUUUUGCUAUCCGGCGUGUUACGAAACAGGCACGGGAAGGAAAGCGAAAGCAAUACUCCUAUGAAGAAUGGGUUGAAUUUACCCGGCUCAUUCAGUUCACUGAUCCGCGAGCUUGGCCACUAUCAGCACGGAAACAGCCGACGCCAAUUGAGGAAGAUGAAUAUGGACUUCUCAAUUGGGAUUGGAUUGGGGAGAGCAGUCCGCUGUUGGCAAAACAGACAGAGCCCCAGUGGGUUCUGGAUCGUUUGUGUGAGAGCUUGAUUCGGUACGUGUCGACUCAAGAGGAGAGUCGAGCUAUAGGAGGUGAUGCGGAUUCGACGGAGGAGGCAACUCUGAGGAAGGAGAGGGAUAUUGGGUUGGAUGAAUGA